AUGCCUCAUUCCGCGCCUCGUUUGCAUCCAUCACGAACCCCAGACCGCGACAAGAAGAAAUCGUCUCAGAAACCCUCUCCAACGUCCUCGACGCCCAAGACGAGGAGAUCAACAUGCGACAGCGACGACAAGGCUUCCAUCCUCAGCCGAUCGACCCACUUUUCGACAGGCACCGCUACCGUCAACCCGGACGAUCCUCUUCGUGGAGUUGCUGGUGACAGGGUGCGCCACGCAAAGUGUGCACCAGACUUUCUGGAGGGCAUCGCCGUGCGAGACGACGCGCAGGUUAGGAUUAUCACAGGCGUGGAGGCGUCGACGUUCUUUGUCAAGUAUCUUGGAGAGCAGGAUAGUGACGCUGCGGGCUUGCGGGGCGCGCCCACGACGGAAGACGAUUCUCGAGCUAUCGUGUUCGCGGUCACUGCCUGGGAUCGUAAUCGCAAAUGCGUCGACUACUACAUGACUUGGAGGCGGAAGAAUAACAACCCACUAAAAGAGAAGGAGAUUGAGGAAAUCGAUGAUGAGUUCCGAAGGGUUGCCAAAAGGAUUGACAAGGACUACAAGGCGUUCAGGCGAGCAGGCUCGGCGAGCUCAGUUGCCAGCAGCACCCUAUCUCGUCGAAACUCGCGAAAACGCGACCGUAGCCGCAGUCCCCAGUCAACCAAGAAGACACGUCCAGAACCGCUCCCCGUUCCUACCCCUGAAGCCGAACCAACGCCCGAACUCGACCCAAAGUUGCCUGAACCUCCUGCAUCUGCUACGGACAGCGUGAUAUCGUUGCCAUACCUAACACACAUACGGGGUGUUCCAAGAGGGAAUCGAUUACCGCUUCUUGUCACCAAUCCUGAUCCAAGACUCUCCAUUUAUUCCGAGCUAGACUCCCCUAUCGCAGCCCCCGAGGCAUCCGACGAACAAGCCAAGCAACCCGCCGAACUCCCGGCGCCGACACCCCUAGUCAUUUCAAUCACACCUCCCGACACCAACACCCCAAAUACAGGCGUAUCCGAUCCCGAGCCAUCCGGCUUGACACCUAUCCUAAAGUCCUCCGCCAGCAUCCGCUCGACAGAGACGCGUUCCAGCAAGUCUUCUCGUUCCAGCCGAGACUCAAGCCCGCCUCAUUCUCCAAGUAGGGAAGAUGACAAGCUUCCAGAGGAGAGCAAGUACCAGUUCCUGAUCGUGCUAUUGGGCGAACAAUUGGAGAAAGGCCUUUCAUGGCACGGACUGGAACGGCAAGUGUCAACCAGGAGUCAGAACAAGGCGAAUACAAAGGAGAGGAGUUCACCUUGGAUCGACCCUUCACCUCAGCGCGUCGUCGCCCCCACAGCCUAUUAUCAAGCGCGGAAGAUCAAAAAACGCUCGAAUUAUGGAAAUGAUUCUGACUCCGAUGCCUCGUAUGAUGAGGAGGGCUGGAAGGACUCGCCGGUUGUACCGCUGAAACCUUUACUGGAGUCGAUGGGGUUUGUACCAUCGCCAGGCCAAGAUCUGAGUGGGUACCAUUCACCGCCUGUGAUCCCACUUGGCAUGCCGUUCAACCACCACCCCGGAACGGCCACUCCCCAUGGCAGUGUGAUGGCCUCUCCUGCACCCUCGGCGGCGAUGCAGCUGCGAUACUCGACAUAUUCCAUGCAUUCACAUCAUACGAUGUCGCCUGGCUCUCCAUAUGUCCCUGCGUGGAUGUCGUUGGGGAGCGCGGUUGUCGGGGGAGGGAACAAUGGUGGGAGUCAGGGAGGAUCGCAUCCUCCUUCGCGGGCAGCGUCGACAUUGGGAGGAUAUGGUUCUCCUUAUAUGCGGCCUGCAUAUUGA